AUGAGCUCUGCCUUCUUCCCGUCCUACAAGCCCCAGGUCCUCUCCCGCACAGAGGGCUUCCACCUCCCGUCUCCGCCUCCCUCCAACAGCCCGCCGUCUCCCCCCGCGAACGCCCAGAACUCUGCCGGCAACAACCAGUUCGACAACCUCUUCGUCCCCCCACUCUUUACCGUCCCCGACCCUUUCCGCAAGUUCCCUGCCCACAAUAGCGAGCAGUCCGGCAACAACAUGGACUUCACAGACGAGCUGGCCUCGCUCAUCGCGACCUCGCCCUCCCAGGGCCAUCCCCACAACUCUUCGCACGAACGCUCGACCCAGUCCCCGGGCGCGUAUGACGAUUACCGAUCCCACCAUACUCACAACAUCUUCGAUAUCUCCGCCCCCACAUCCCACCACCAAUCAUCGCAUCAUAGCCACUUCAAUCACCAGAACCCAUCAUUCUCUCUUCCCCCCGCGUCGUCCCUACACUCCGGUAGCCUUCAUGGUCCCUCUUCGGUGCACAACGCGCAUCCUCUGCAUGAGUUUACUGCCCACUCCCAUUUCAACUCGACGGUCCCCGCUAUCGGCUCCUCCAUGCGCUACGAGCCACCAUCCAACAACCCGUCCUCACCGACCACGAACGGCAACAAUCCGUUCUCGAGCGCCGAGCCAUCAUCGUUCUCGUCGCAUAUGUCUAAUCUCUCGGGUAUCUCUUCCUUCUCGAACCUCACAGCCCCAUCCGAGUUCCACCUGUCACAGCCUCAGAACGGUGGGCAGCCCAACGGGCAGCGGCAGACGCCGUCGCCAGUGUCCGCGAACGGCGCGGGGCCAGAGUUCUCGAGGAGCCGAUCGCGCUCGCGCGCGCCUGCGAACGCGUUGGACCCCGCAAACCCCCCGAGCACCAACGGCGGUCCGGCGCGCCGCACCCGCACGAAGCGCAACAGCGUCUCGAGCGUAUCGCCACCCCCGCUCCAUCGCGGGCACACUCAGCCGCUCGUCAUCCCCAACGCGAACGGCGCUGGCCGGGGUCCUGCCAGUCCCCUCAGCCUGCACACCAGCGGCUGGUUCAUGCCCCAAGGGCAAGGUAACGACUUUGGGCUCCCUACCCCCGAGAGUGUGCAUGGCUUCACUGCGUUCAAUGGCGGGACCAGUCUCGGCAGCGUCGGCUUGGGCGUGAGUCCGAAGGAGGUAAACGUCCCCGGAAUGGGCAUGGUGGGCAUGCAGAAAGGCGGAGAGACGCCUCCCGACGACUUGGCUACAAAACAAGCGAUCAUCGCGAGCGAAAAGCGGCGCCGAAGGCGCGAGUCCCACAACGCCGUCGAGCGCAGGCGGAGGGAUAACAUCAACGAGAAGAUAUCUGAGCUUGCGACCCUGAUCCCGGAGUGUCUGCUCGAUCCGAAUGCGACGAUUGCGAUCCCCGCUUCCCUCGCCGCUGCUUCGGGCGACGAUCUCCUCUUCGGGGUCACCAUCCAGGAGUCCUCGGAGAAAAAGGAGGGAUCUGGCAGCGCAGAGCCCGAGGAUCCCGUUAACCCGGGCUCCACCCCGACGACUGCCACCGGGGCGAGCGCGGCCAACGGCGGCGUUGCGGACGGCAACGUCGUCAAGGCGAACAAGGGCAUGAUCCUCCGCAAGAGCGUCGAGUACAUCCGCUACCUCCAGCAGCUCGUCAGCGUGCAGGCCAACCGGAACCGCGACCUCGAGCAGCAGCUGCAGGCGUUCCGCGGCGACAGUGUGCCGGACUCGGCGUCGAUCAACGGCGACGUCGAGAGCGAGAUGAAGCUCCACGACGAGGUUGGCUUCGAGCUUCCGAACGGGACCACGCCGAGCUCGAACGGCGACUCGAACGCGAAUGGCGUAGUUGGCCGCCCGCGCCGCGGGAGCGUCCGGAAGUCGUUUCAGGGGUUAUUGCCGAGCGUCGAAGAGAUGGACCAGGACACGGAGCACGCCGAUCACGAGAUGGAGCGGCCGUCUACUUCUGGCACUGGGGUCUCCCCCACGAGCAGCAUGGAGGAUGACAUCGACGACGACGUGGAGGACGGGGAGGACGGGGACGAGGAUGGGGACGAGGACAUGGAGCUCGAGCGCGGGCGCAAGGGCCGCGACGGCAGGCCGGUCGGGAAGCGCGUGGGCCGCAAGGGCAAGAGCGUCAGCGUGGGCGCAGGGGUGAAGGUGAAGAAGGAGAACGAGCCCGCGGACACGAUGGAGGUCGUCUCAUGAGCUUCCGAGCCGGCGGACGACGGUGGGCGUCGACUGUGAUGUCGGCCCAUAUCAUUCAUUCGUGAUCGGUUUACUCACCCUAGGGUGGGUGCUGCUAUCCGUCCGUCAACAUCGUUGCCCCCGCGCGCGUCUCGGCGUGCUCGCAAAACACUCGACCGCAGGUCGAUGCCUAUGCCCCGCUAUGACGCAUAUGAACAUGCCUGCCUUUCAAGCCCCCGUAUACGUGUCCUCGCUGUGUAUUCCCUCCUCUCUCUAUGGUCGCGUUCCGUUUACGUCCGUCUCCGCCAGGCUGCCUGACCGGGCCCACCUCGCGUCACCUGAGUUCUGCUGCGUGUUGCAUAACCAUUCUCACGUUUCCCCCAUGCCAUGUCCAUGUCAUGCGUGCCCCCGUCCUCUCCAUCCAUUCUAUCCCCCCCUCAUCGCUCCUCACCCGCUUCAUUUCCGCCUCGCUUGUUUCCACACCAUCUAAUGUCGGCUUCUCGUUCCUCAUCUUCUAUAUCCCUUUCGCUCUAUUUACUACUAACGCACGCACACUCGCGCUUCCGACGAUUGAACGACCGAUCCCUGUCCGUGUAGGAUGUGCCGUCUAUCGCUGUAUCUGUAUCAUCUGCUCCGUCUCUCUCCAUCUCAAUUUCCCGUUGCUUUCCCCUCAUAUAUUGCCUCAUGUGCUCUUGGUGCUCAGCGCGUACGUACAAACCAUCCUGCGCCCUCUCUUCCCUCUCCUCACCCCACUGGCCUUCGAUCCCGUCGCACACACACCCCACCACGAUUCGUAUCGGCACCUGCCGCGGUGCAGCUCGGCGGACGCGCCCGCGUGUACAAUAGUUGACAUACCACCGGCCGGCGCGUCGUGUCGUCGAGAAAGACUCUGAGAUGAGCCAAAAAGAUACGCGUACAAUUAAUUGGCCUCUGUUCGUA